AUGCACGCACAGUCUCCCACCUCUGUCCCACAGCCAUACGUCGAAUCCAGCAGCCCCGCCGAAUCCACGUCCGACAACCACCAUGGAGAGCAACAAGGCGCGAGUGCAGCCUAUUACGGUGGAGGCGUCAGUCUGCUUGAUCAUGGACAAUUUCCUUCUACGCCUGGACGACUGAGUCCUUCGCGCAGUGCCUUUUCAGCGUCGCGCAAUCGCAUCACCGAGUAUGAAAACGCCUCGGCUGCCUCGCCAUCUAGAAAAAAGACAGAAGGUCCUGCUUUCGCAGUGGUCAAGAAAGCAAGAAAGCCGGGCGACAAGCUUUCCCCUAUUGCCGACUUGCCUAACGAAAUCUUGACACAUGCACUUGCCCACCUCUCUCCCCAGGACCUGUACGCUGUUUCGCUCGUCUCGCGCCGUUUCCACGAUCUCGUCACCACUCCUCAUGCCUGGAGGACUGCCUUUUCACGUUUCUUUCGCGGUCCAGAUUCCCUCAAUCCCAGCGACUACGACGAUGAAGACGAGCAGCUCGACGAUUUCCGCGUUGAGCGUCGUGCUUUUACCCGUGUCACUGCUCUUGCAUCGUGGCGAAGCGAAUACAUCCUACGCACUCGUCUGCUGCGAUCUCUUGCUCGUGGUAAGCCGGUUCAGCCGACCGUCUCUCCUGCCCAAGCCCGUCUCGGCCAACCCCCAGUGGCUUUGCCCAUCGUCGAGUACAACUCUCAGAUGUUCACCACUAUAAACCACCUGCAUGCAACCUUUGGGGGAACCGCUCUCAACAAGCGACCUCCCCGCUUUGUCCACGGCGCCGACGAUGUAGGCACGGCCGGAAGCAGUGAUCCCACCACCGAGAAGGUCGAUUCAUGGGGACUGGGCGAUCCAAACACCUUUCUCCAGUUCUCUGACCGCUUCCCUGGUGAUGCCCUAUACGGCCUCGGGCCUGGAAACGUCGUCGGAGUACCUAACUCCAUGGACGUCAGUCAGCCAUAUGGAAUGGUCCAUGGGGAAGGCUCACCCGGCGGCUUUGUCUACUAUCGUUUCUCUGAGGAGAUGCGCGGCCACUUUUUGACGCCCUCUAGCGGCGUCUCUGAGCCAGCUUUGGGGAUUCCACAAUUGUUGCCUGUUCAGGAGGCCAUUUGUAGCGUUUGGAUCGCCAAGUCUUCAACCAUACCUUCCCUCACCGACGGCUUGAUAGGACUGAUUUCUGGUUCUUCUCUCGGUGUUCUUACUUCAUACAGCUUGGGGCCCCUUGGAACUCGCGACCAACGCUUUAGUCGAGGCGAGAUCACGGCGCGCUGGGUGUUAAGUCCAGGAGUACCUAUCAUUGCCAUUGCGAUAGACGAGCAUUAUUCAGUGAAACGUCAGGGCGAGAACAGGAUAUGGGCAGUCGUGCUUAACGCGUUGGGUGAAAUCUUCUACUUGACAAAGUUACCCAAGCGAAGCACUAGCGACAAAGCUGUAAGACUGGACGACGAAUCUAAAGAGCGCCUUGCUUGGUCAACCGGACGAUCCGUGUACUGGAAUCUGGCGGAACCCAGCAGGCGCUCCGCCCGGCCCAAUCCUUACAGUAAUUCUCAUGUAGAUGGCAGCUAUUCUCCUCGAUCCUCUUGGGAUGGCAUGUAUCUGAGUGAGGAGCAGAUCAAAGGAGAGACAAGGGAGAUCGAAGACUAUAUCAAUCGCAAACCCAAGGAUUUCCAGAGAAGUUGUUUAGGAUGGGAUAUGCGUAGGGUUUUGGAGGUCGACUUUGCAGGAGACGACGAAAACCAAGCUGGAGAAGCUGUUUUCGUCUUUGAAUGUGGUCUGGACGACGACUCCAUCGCCUCGGCCAAACGUUUCGCGCGACUCAAAAUCGCUGACACAGAGCACAAGGUCGACGCUGAGACGAAAAAGCCGCAGUCCAUAUCUACCACGACGCCCCCUGAACCCAAGUCGUCUAUCUUCGGUGGAUCAUCGCCUCCUCUGUCUUCUACAACCCCUGAUCUCGCAUACGGUCUGUCACUAGCCAGCGUGCAACAUCAAGAAUCGAACAGGACGACUCUUCGCUCGACGGAGGAGUGGAGGGUGUCUGCCCUUUCUUUUGGUGGUUUGAAAUCGGUACAGAUUACAGCUCACGCUAUGGAUGGCUCGACCUUUGCAACCCUCACAGCCUCGGAAGAUCCGCUUCUGAAUUUUUCAGGCCAGUCAACAGUGUCAUCUCCGAGCAUGACACCUUUAUCCAAGUCCGGCAGUCCAUCUUCUUCUUCGGACGUCCCCGGACAGCGAGCCAGACUCAUUGCUGUCGGCACUCUGAUGGGCACCGUCUUGGUCUGGGACGCAAGAGCAUCGCUCCCAAGCUCAACAGAUGCAGUCAACACGCUGGAGCCAGUACGAAUCAUACACACGGACUCGCCACAGAUAUCCUGUAUCGCCCUAUCCUCUCUAUACCUUGUAUCAGGUGGCAAUGACGGACUUGUCCAAGCUUGGGACGUCCUGGCUUCCAGCGCUGCUCCUGUGAAGACACUGCACUCACGCCAUGCUCUCAAGGCAAGACGCAGACUGGUGCAAGCACAGGCGUCUCCCCAAGGCGUAGGGAUCAACCUGUUUGCAGCUGGAGCGAUCUGUCUUGAUCCCGACCCGACGGUACUGAGAGGCAUGGUCUCAGUCGGAACAUAUCUACGCUAUUGGAGCUUCAGCUCGUCUGCAGCAGACCAGUACAAAUCACACAAGCGACGACUCAGACGUGCCGAUCGAGGCACCAAUGUUGCUAAUGACCGAUUUGCCAAUGUCGGUCGAGGCAACAUCAAAGGCUUCAUCGCCAAUGAACAGUUCGAACUGGAACGAGAAAGUGUUCAACAGGCCAAGCAAGCCGAGCACCUCGCAGGCAGGUUUGGAACAGAAUUGCUGGGUAGUGAUGCCAGUGAAGAUGAAAUCUUGGCCUACGCUCAAAUGCUCAGCGAAGAAGCACUCGCAAAGGACCGAGCAAAGGAACCAAGCUUUCCGACCACCAACGACAGAAGCGACCAGCCCACGCCCGUCGACGACGCAGAAAUGGAUCCUGAAAUCGCAGAAGCAAUUCGCCUCAGUCUUGCAGAAGACGAAGCCAAACGCCUUCAAGAGCAAGAAGAAGCAGAGUUCGAAGCGUACGAGGAUUACCAGGCUUUCGAAGAGCAAGAAGCAGCAGAAGGCAGCAACAACAGAGAAAUGUCGGAUUUGGAAUUCGCUUUACAGUUAAGUCUUGCAGAAGAGCAAAGUAGACUAGAAGCAGAGGCAGACACUCGUGAGGAGUUCCCUGCUCUAUCAAUUCGUACGAAGAAGGGCAAAGGAAGAGCGCAGUAG